UCUCAUUUUGGCGCAAAACAUACAAAAGGCUGGAAGGAAACAGAGCUAUCGACGGAUGAAUACGAGCUCCAGAUGUGUCUUUUUUUUUUUCUAAACAAUAGGCAGAAAGAAAAUGCAAACCCUAGAUGAGUGCCUAAAUCCUUUAUUCACAGAGAAUUUGUAGAUCUAAACAAGCUGUCAAGCAUCAUGGUUGCUAAAGAGGAAGAAUGUGGGAGUACGAUGGUAGAAAAGUGGAGGUUUUCCAAAGAACAAUAACCACUGAGAGAUUUUGUGGUUUUCCAUGUGAUUAUUGAGUGCUUUUAUAUGAAAUAAGCUUCAUGAAAGUUGUAUUAUAGAAGAGGUCUUAGGCUUGAAAAUUUUACUUGAAAAAACAGGAAUGCGAAUUUUGGUGAUUUUUUUGAUAUCUAAUGUUUUAAAGCAUUUGGGAUGGUAUAAUGUGGACUAGAGAAUAAGUUGCCCCGAUGCAAGGUCAUAAUUGCCUAUAAUUAAGCCGUUUGUCAUGUGGGACACUGUGCAACAAAUUGCCAUUUACAUCCAUAGAUUUCACAACCUUGACCUUUUUCAGCAAGGGUUCUAUCAAAUUAAGGUCAGUGUGAGAUGGGAAAACAGUGAUUAUACUUCUUUGGGAAUUCCUUCUAGGGUUGUUCAAUAUGAAGCUAAUGAUUUGGGUUCUGACAACAUUAAUGGGGCAUGGAGAAUCAAUGAUACAGACAAUAGUUUCUUAACACAGCCUUUUCGGAUUAAAUAUGCAAGGCAAGAUAUUUGUUUAUCUGUCAUGGUCUUGUUCAAUCUCUCUCUCAGUAAAUAUAAGGUUCCCUCCACAUCUGCUGUUAUUUUGAAAUUUGAGCUUAUGCAAGCUCCCAUAACAGAGAAUAUAUUUGAGUUGCUAGCAUAUCUGGAUGAUGCUUCUGUUGCAGUCCAUGAAUUUCGAAUUCCUCCUAAAGCUCUUUUGGGAUUGCAUUCAUACUGCCCUAUUCAUUUUGAUAUGUUUCAUGCUGUGCUAGUUGAAGCAAGCGUUCAUGUUAGUCUAUUGAAAGCUGGUUCUCUCACGCAGAUAUCCAGUGGUCCCUGCCACCUUGAAGAUGUUGCUGGUGAAAGUGUUGAUAGGUCCAAUCAAGCAUUGGGUCCAGUGAACCUUGUAGGCAUGAACCAGAUCAUGCUUGUUAAAUCACUGUUGGUUGCGCGUGACACUUUACUUGAAGAGCUGCAAAGACUUAGUGAAGCUGUUGACCAAGUAAUUGACUUGACUGAUUUCAUGUCCAAAAUGAAUGAUAUGAAUAUGUUUGAUUCUAUCCUGAAGGCAGAUCUGGGCACUGCAUAUGGUGAAGUUGGGGGGCAAGGCAUUCUUCAAAAUGGUCUUGAGAAAGCAAAUGGAACUCUAGAUCUCCAAAGUGAUAGGCUGCCCUACUUUUUACCAAAGGAUGCUGUGGUGAACAUUUUUCAGUUGCUGGGUGCUCAAUUAUCAUACUUGUGGAGCACUUUUUUGCAGUUUCACAGGGCAAACAACACAGAGAUACUGGAAUUUCUGCAUGAUGCAUGGGCUAAGGAUCGCAGAGCUGAGUGGUCAAUAUGGAUGGUGUACUCUAAGGUUGAGAUGCCUCAUCAUUACAUAAGUAGUGGAAAUAAUGAUUCUUCCCACCAUGUUGUUGAUAAAAGAGGUUCUAGUUUCUGGAAUUUAGCUGAUGAAACUGCCCAGAUUGUUGCUACACGUGCUGAGCUUCAUCGGCAAAGUAUUGCCCAAAUGAGGAUUAAUACUCGGUCAAUUCAAGACAUGCAUAUAUUUGGAGAUCCUCUGCGAAUCCCUAUUAUAUUUGUGGAGCGUGUCAUAAAUUCACCGCGGCGUACUUUUAGUGAAAAUUCUUACUUUAGAAAUUUAGAUCUGAUAGAUUCGCUUGGCUUACUCACUGGACCUUGCACAGAGGCUUUAAAGAAGCUUCCUGGUGGUACCUCGCAUAAAAAAGCCCGUGUGUUGAAGAUUGGUGUCUUUGUGCAUGGGUUUCAGGGACAUCAUCUGGAUUUACGACUUAUACGAAAUCAGUGGCUUUUGAUAGAGCCCAAGACGGAAGUUCUCAUGUCAGAGGCAAAUGAAGACAAAACAUCAGGAGACUUCAGAGAAAUGGGACUAAGGCUGGCUGAGGAAGUGAUCACUUUUCUUCAAAGGAAAUUGGACAAAUUUUCAAGAUCUGGUGGUCCGAGGGAUAUUAAACUUAGCUUUGUUGGCCAUUCUAUUGGAAAUGUCAUUAUAAGAUCAGCAUUAGCAGAGAGCAUUAUGGAACCAUUCCGAAGAUACCUUUACACAUAUGUUUCUGUAUCUGGUCCACAGUUGGGAUAUCUUUACAGUUCGAACUCUUUAUUUAACUCUGGAAUGUGGUUUAUGAAGAAGUUCAAGGGAACACACUGCAUUCAUCAGCUCACUUUCACAGAUGAUUCAAAUCUCCAAAAUACUUUCUUCUACAAACUUUGUAAGCAGAAGACACUGGAGAAUUUCAGGCACAUAAUACUAAUUUCUUCACCGCAGGACGGUUAUGUGCCAUAUCAUUCUGCAAGAAUCGAAUUAUGCCGGGCUGCUUCCUUGGAUUACUCAAAAAAAGGCAGAAUAUUCCUGGAGAUGCUGAAUAAUUGCAUGGAUCAGAUACGAGCCCCAACAUCACAGCAACGGGUGUUCAUGCGCUGUGAUGUCAACUUCGAUACCUCCUCCUACGGCAGGAAUUUGAACGCAUUCAUUGGACGGACUGCUCACAUUGAGUUCCUGGAGUCUGAUAUUUUUGCAAGGUUGUCUCACUCUUUAAUUCUUGGCAAUGUAGUUCAGAAAUGUUGGGAUCUGAAUGUCUAUGUCUAAGUCUAACAAAUGGAAGCCACAUUUACAUUCUUUUUCGGAGGUGGUUGUAUGCGUGGAAUUUGUUGGCCCCGGCCACUGAGAAUUAUUGUGUUGAAGGUAAUUAUUGGCAUCUUAUGUGGAUUA